CAACUUCAACCUUCGAACGUGACGUCUCUGCUUUGCAUGAGCCCCGAUUGUACAGCCUCAAAACUGGACACUUUACAACGCUUCCAACUUUCUCAGCAUGAACUCCAACCGCCGCUUAACCCUCGCCCGCGUCUCCCUGAAACCAGUUCAACGCCCACCUGCGCUCGUCCAGCGCCAACAACUAACCACGGUCUCUCCUACUCCAGCACCAGCAAAAUUCCAUCUUUUUCCCCUCCUUCCCACCGAACUCCGCCUCCAAAUCUGGACAACCUUCCUCAUCACUCCCUGCACUAUAACAAUCAUCCAAUGCCAAAACCCGCAUAACCGCUUCCUCCCCCGCUUCAGCAACUCUUCCGGACCACCUGCUCUAUUAUCGAUAAAUCACGAAGUCUGAUCUGCUGCUCUCUCCCUCCAACUUCAAGGAAAGCUUGAUGACGUGCUCAGGAUCAAACGUCUCGCAGUCCGGGAUUCUCG